AUGUUCCCCGCCGACUGUCUACCCUCCAACUACGUCGAGGCUCGCGCACAGCAAGACAAAGCACAGCAGAAAGCAGCUGCCGAGAAGAAGAACACACACCUCGCUCAAUCCAUGCCGCAACGACCAACCGUGUCGCGCACACUGUCAUCAGCACUGUUUAGUUUCUUCCCUUCUGCUGGUUCGUCGGCAUCGACAUCGCCUUCGGCUACACCCCUACCUUCGCCUGGUCUUCAGCAGUCUGCCAAGAUGGGCUGGUUUGCUCCUUUGCCCAAGGCUUCCGAGGCGGAUAUUGCUGUAAGUUUGGCUUCUGUUUCUUCGUCUUUUGAACAUUGGACUGACCAUCAAACCACAGNNUGUCUUCCUCCUGCUUGGUCUUAG